CACGCUUCCAAGUUCUACCGUCGCCCACCAUCCAUUUUCCUACCAUUUUUGUCAACGUCGCCGUUCACUAAUCACUCAUUAAUUGACAACUUAACUAAUAUUACAUCUCCCCACAUUUUAUGAUUAAUCAGUUUUUUCUCUAUAAAUAAACUUCUUUUUUUUCUUUGACACCUUUUUCUCCUUUCAUUUGACUCUUUCUCUCCAUUUCUCUCUGGUUUCUUUGCCUUAAAAUCAAAGCUUUUCAUCGUCAAUGGAUUCUGAGUUCUGGACCACCCGUUUAGCCGCCGCGAAAAGGCAGUUUAAUAUGCAGCAUCACCAUCAUCACAACCUCCAUAGCAACUCCUCUCACCUGGAUCGGUUCAAUAUGGAUGAAUUUGAGGUUGAAGAUGAGAUUCGACCCGAUAUUCCUUGCCCGUAUUGUUAUGAAGAAUUUGAUAUUGGUUCUCUUUGUACGCACUUGGAUGAUGAACACUCCUGCGAGUCUCGAGCUACCUUUUGUCCAAUUUGUUCAGUUAAAGUUGCACGAGAUAUGCUGAGUCAUAUCACGUUGCAGCACGCACAUCUAUUCAAGAUGCAGAGACGCCGUAGAUUACGCAGAGUUGCAAUUCCAAAUAGCCAAGCACUUUCCCUGCUUGGCCGAGACCUUCGUGAAGCUCACCUACAAGUCCUUUUAGGAGGUGGCGGAUUUCGAUCAAGUAGUACAAAUGCCUCUAAUGCUGCUAAUGAUCCACUCCUCUCGUCGCUUGUCUUAAACUUCCCUGGAUCUGAGGUUGAUGAACUUACAAAGUCUGUGUCAUCCAACAUUGAAGAUACAGUUUCAAAGAAUACCUCAACAACGCGUUAUUGGAAACCAAGUUUUGAUUCAUCAUUAAGUUACGAAGAAAAAGAGAAGAGGAUACAACAGGCAGCUGGUAGAGCUGGUUUUGUACAAGAUCUGCUUCUCUGCACCCUAUUGGGCGAUUAGUGAAGUGAUAUGUUAUUAUCAAAAUAAAGGUAACUGAGUUUUCGAGUAGCAAAAUGAAGAUAUUUUUUGAAGGAGGGAUUAAUUGUAUUAUUCCUACAUUUACUGGCUAAUAGAAUCAACAUUAAACAAGAUUCUAUGAAGUUGCUGAACCGAGCAAGCGUAUACAUCAAAAUAUCCCUUCAGGAAAAAAGAAAAAGAUAAAAGAAAUCUCGGCUACAUUUGAAAACCGGUAAAUCAUGGCUAUGGUUUCCCCUUUGCAAUUUUCUUUUAUUCCUGCUGCUAGUUUGUGGGUAUUAGCGCCGAGGAAGGCUGGUUUGUACUUGUAAAUUUCCAAAGGGAAAACAGUCUUCCAAGUGAGAAAUUGAAGGAUGUGCCUGCAUGCUUGCUUUCCUCUUUGUUUUCUUGGGAAAAAGAAGGGGGAAAAGGUUUGUAUAACAAUUGCUAAUUGACUUGUUUUCUCUUCUUGUAAUAGAAUUGUAACUUUAAGUUUUUCUUAUUAUGGAUUUAGACAUUGCUUUAAUGUUGUUUGAACUUUGAAGCACUGUCUUGUGACUUCACUUGUAACUUCAAGCUGUAACUUGUAAUACGUGCCAACGCAUUCUCAUAUUGAUAGUGUAAUUUGAAUUAGUAAUGUGACAAUUGAAUCCAGAUAGAGGAAAUAUUAUAUGGUUUGUGUC